AUGCCGUCGAUAAAGAGACAAGCUUCCGACAGCUUCAGCCAGCCGCAGGCAUUGGUCAAGAGGCAGAAGUCCAGUUCAGAUCUAAACGACAACAAGGCCGUUACCGUUGGCGCAAAAGACCAAAAUGGCACUCUCGUGCCCUCUGCACUUCGUACCAGCGGACUAGCUGCUCCCAUCAUGGAGUUGGCUGGACAUUCCGGGGAGGUUUUCGCAACCAGAUUCGAUCCCACCGGCCAACAUAUCGCUUCUGGGUCCAUGGACCGAUCAAUAAUGCUUUGGAAUACGUAUGGACAGUGUGACAACUAUGGAAUUAUGACUGGCCAUAAGGGUGCUGUUUUGGAUUUGCAGUGGUCACGCGAUUCGAGAACCAUAUACUCCGCGUCUGCCGACAUGACUAUUGCGAGCUGGGACCUCGAAACAGGUUUGAGGAUACGCAAACACGUUGGCCACGAGGAGGUUAUAAAUUGCCUGGAUCUAAGCAGACGUGGUCAAGACCUGUUACUCAGCGGGAGCGAUGACGGGUGCAUCGGGAUAUGGGACCCUCGCCAAAAGGCGGCAGUUGAUUACAUCGAAACAGACUUCCCAAUCACAGCAGUAGCUAUGGCAGAGCAGGGCCAUGAGAUCUACUCAGGUGGUAUUGACAACGAUAUCAAGGUCUGGGAUGCUCGCAAGAUGGAAAUAACCUACUCACUGAGUGGCCACCAAGAUACGAUCACCUCGUUGGAAGUUUCACCCGACUCGCAAACAUUGUUGUCCAAUUCGCACGACUCUACCGUGCGGACUUGGGAUAUAAGACCCUUUGCUCCAGUCGAUCGUGCUAUACAGACUUAUGACGGAGCGCCUUCGGGGUUUGAAAAGAACCUGACACGAGCGAGUUGGAGUCCAAAAGGAGACAAGAUUUGCACUGGUUCUGGUGAUCGGACAGUAGUGAUCUGGGACACUCGAUCCGCGAAAUUACUCUAUAAGCUCCCUGGGCAUAAAGGAACGGUGAAUGAUGUACGGUUUUCGCCCACCGAAGAAACAAUCAUCGUUUCUGGCUCGACAGACCGAAAUCUCAUUCUCGGCGAGUUGGGAAGGUGA